AAUGAGUUUGUGCUGCGCGUCCUCUGGCCUGGCUGGGCUGGGUCCGUCACUUCCUGCCCCCUAGAGCCGGCACGACUGAGUCUGAAAUCCUGGGGGGGGCGGGGAGGUUGAGCUGCGUUCGCCACCAACAUGCCCUUUGAUUUCAGGAGGUUUGACAUCUACAGGAAGGUGCCAAAAGACCUUACUCAGCCAACAUUUACAGGAGCAAUUAUUUCUGUCUGCUGCUGUUUCUUCAUAUUGUUUCUAUUCCUGUCUGAGCUUACUGGAUUCAUAGCCACUGAAAUCGUUAAUGAGCUCUACGUGGACGAUCCAGACAAAACCAGUGGUGGUAAAAUAGAAGUAAAUUUGAACAUCAGCUUGCCAAAUCUGCACUGUGAAUUGAUUGGACUGGAUAUUCAAGAUGAAAUGGGAAGACAUGAAGUUGGACACAUUGACAAGUCAAUGAAAAUUCCUCUGAAUAAUGGGGAUGGAUGCAGAUUCGAGGGCCAUUUUAGCAUCAACAAGGUUCCAGGUAACUUUCAUGUAUCAACACAUAGUGCCACUGCACAGCCUCAAAAUCCUGACAUGACACACAUCAUCCACAAACUCUCCUUUGGUGACAAGUUACAGGUCCAGAACAUUCAUGGAGCAUUCAAUGCACUAGAGGGAGCAGACAAGCUCAGCUCAAACCCCCUUGCAUCCUACGAUUAUAUACUGAAGAUUGUUCCCACUGUGUAUGAAGACAUAAGUGGCAAACAACGUUACUCAUACCAAUAUACUGUAGCCAAUAAGGAGUAUGUAGCGUACAGCCAUACAGGGCGCAUCAUUCCGGCCAUCUGGUUUCGCUAUGACUUGAGUCCCAUCACAGUGAAAUAUACAGAAAGGCGACAGCCCUUGUACAGAUUUAUCACAACGAUUUGUGCCAUCAUUGGAGGAACGUUCACUGUGGCUGGGAUUCUUGACUCCUGCAUUUUUACUGCCUCUGAAGCCUGGAAAAAGAUCCAGCUAGGGAAGAUGCAGUAGCAAAGCAACUCUCCUCCAAGUCCUACGGGAAGAAGCAAAGAAUGAGAACCACACUGCUAUCCAUUUUUCUUCUUUGUAUCAGUUUCAGUUGGUAUAUGUUGCUUUAGUUAGUUAAUUGAAGACUUUGUAAAGGAGCAAACAAAUCUAGUAGAGUAAUCCUAAUAAGGAGCUGGGAAGGUGCAAGGCACUGGAUGCACCACUACAUUCAAAGCAGGGCAGAAGGUGGGGUGAUCACUCUGUUGGCAUAGCUGAGGACCCAAGGACUGGGUCCCUCAAGGGGGUCCCUGGGGCAUGGAUCCAGCAGAUCUAAAGUUGCCAGGACUGUGUCCUUGCCUCAUUUUGGAGCUUUCUGUACCCUGUUGCCAGCAGGAGAACUGUCACUGGGAGAUUGCCCCUCCUCAGCCACACUCCUCUCUACUGGCAGAGGCCAACAGAAUCAAUACCACGUCCUACCACCCCCUCUCCAGCCAGUGAAAUGUUAGGACAGGAUUGUGCUCCAGGUCUUUGGACGAUGGCAGCACUAACAAGGGGUUCAUAUGGUGAAAAUGAUUUUCUGAGGUUAGUUACCUUUUAUGUUUUAAAACUAAAUCCUAUGGAUCUGGCUAAUAAUAGUUUUAAAACCUUGCAAGUUCUGAAGUAAAGGCAAAAUCUAAUUAUGCAAAUCAGAUUUUCACUCAAAACAAGACAGUCAUGUUGUCUUGUGAUAAAAACUGCAUAGUCUGGAUAUUCAAAAUAACAGUGACAGGUCAUUUGAUCUGUUGUGAAAUAUUAGUUCUCUACGGUGAAUGCAAGCACAUUAGGGGAGAUGGCAUCGAGAUAUUUUAGAUACUCGCUGAAAAACUCCCCUUUGUGCGCAUGUAGUGGUGGUGACACUAUUAAACAGAAUUAAAUGUUAAACAGUAAUUGAUUCUCCAGCAAAACUAUAGAGGAGAGAACAAUCUAUCUCUCUUAGUCUUCUGGGAUGUUAAACAUUUUUAAACUUCUUUUCAGAAACUGAAUAUCCAGUCUUAGUAUUAAUAAAUGGGAUAAGAUAACAGGGAAAAAAUAGAAUACAUGAAAUAAGAACUGUAAUAUGCGGCCUUUGUAUAUGAAGGGGAGUAUCUCUACUGAUGUAUUUUUGUGACUUUCUUCUGCCUCUUGAAACACAGACCACUCACCAUGUUGAGGUUAGCAUGUUUGACUUGAAGGAGCGGAGUACUUAGACACUCAAGUAACCUGGGAGGAUGAGCAUCAUUUUGAAAGUCACAAAUGCAAAGAAGAUAGGACUUAGCCCCCCCCCAAGGAAUCCAAAUCCUUGUACACUUUUUCCAGUCGUUUGCCUCUCUUGAAACUUACUUUAGAUUGUCAACAUUUGCCAAACUGACAACCAUGAAGGCAAAGGGCAUAUUGUCAUAUUAUUUUCUGAUGCAUAGGAGAUAGGCACAGCACUGUGAAAAACAAGAUUGCUAUAUGGAAGUUUUCUGCAGGUGUAUUUCAGUCUCUGUAUAAAACAAUAGUUUGUUCAAGCUCACAAAGGCAGAAAGACAGAAAUACUACCAGGAGUAGUUUUUAAUAUGCUGUUGACACUGGGAAGUACAAUAAGAUCUAUAAUUUCCAUAGACGUCAAGUAGACCUUUUAUAUAUGAACCAACUGAUAAUUAAUUGCAUGCUUUGUACAUUUUAUAUCACCUAGGUAUAAAUACACGUUGGCUGUGUGUUCUCUAGGUUUUGCUGCACCUCUUAAAAUAAACACUAAGAAUUUCCAUGUUACAAUUUGCUGGGAGCAGGGACGGAGCAUUCUUUUGCUGCUAAAAUAAUGUAUGAUCUUUUAAGGAUAACCUUUUUUUAAAUUUGGAAGUGUCAAAUCAAUACACUGUGACUAAAUGAUUUUGGAAGUAUUUCACCAGAAGUAUUUCAUGGCACAAUUCUGUGCAUAUUUACUUGGCAGUAAGUCUCAUGGAGGUCAAUGGAGUUUAUUUCUAGCUAAGAGGAAAUAGGAUUACAGCAAGGAUGGGGAACCUGUGCCCCUCCAGGCAUUGUUGGACUAUAGUUCACUUCAUCCCUGAACAUUGGCCGUGCUGAUGCUGGCUUGCAGGGCCAUCUCGUGUGUGUGCACCUGGUAUCAGCAGCCACUCUUCCUGGCCAACUCUGCGGUCUCCCUCCAACCCUGUGAGGCUCUCGACCUCCUCUUUUCCUAGAUGAAGGCAGGGUGGGAGGAUUUCAGCCAGUGCUGCUGCCGCCAAAGUGAUGGCAAAACAACAGCAAAAAGUAAGCCAGGGGAGGGGCUGCCACCAUCACCAUUGCUAUGAAGAAGAGGAUGGGCGGGAGAGGCAGGAGGAAAAUGAAGACAAGAGGGUGGAACACUAUGAUUUGCCCCAGGCAUGCCCCCAGGGAUGGCCCUGCUGGCUGGAGCUGAAGGGAGUUGGAUUCCAAUACCUGCAAAUUAGCCCACCCAGCCCCAGAUUACAGCCUUAAUCUGGCCAGUACGUAUGUUUGAAAAUUUCACGGUGUUAUGGUGUAUGGAAGAUAGUAACUUUUAUUAAAAUUCUUGCUGAUUUUAUUUCUUACCAUCCCUUUCUUUCUUGAUUUCCCCUCACCCCAGUCCUUUUACAAUAAUAAAACAUCUGUAGAAUUUCAAUUUUUCUUACGAAAUGAUUUAUUAUAUUGAUGUAAAACUGGAUCUUGUAACUUCCUGUAUCUUGUUUAAUAUUUGGAUGGAUUUUAUAUAUUUUUUUCAGUUGCAAAAAUCAAAUUGAAAAUAAUACAUGAAUGUUCACUUCUA